AUGGCUUUAAAUCUAUUUGGUCCGUCAAUGAUAGAUCUGCAAUACAUGUUAAACACAACUAUGUCUAUGAUAUCUUUGUGUCAAACGGCAACUGGUGUCGGCUCUUUGAUCGGUGCUUUAUGUAGUUUCCUAUAUGUAUAUAUUAAUCGUCAAUUUACAGUGAUUGUAAUGACUAGUUUGAUGUAUGUAUUUAGUGUUUUGAUAAUAUUAUGUCCUGAUAUUUGGUGGACAAUUGGCGCUUUCAUAGUAGCAGCAGUUGGCGCCGGUGCCUGGGAUUCAGUGUCUAGCAUAUGGAUAGUGGAAAUGUGGCAACAAAACAGUGAUCCAUUGAUGCAAGUAUUACAGUGUAUGUACGGUUUGGGAUCUAUUAUCGGUCCAUUAAUAUUGGCGCCAUAUCUCACUGGAGACUUAAAACCUGAUAACCAAACAGUGUCGACACUGACCACUCAAUUACCACUGAUUACUACAACUGAUAUCAAUAAUUCGGUGGACAGGCGCUCGAAAUUAAUAGCACCGUAUGUUAUGGUUGGCUCUAUUGGUUUAGUUGUCCCCAAAAUUCUUAUCGAUCAGAAAACAGAAGACAAAUACAACGAAUCAGAUGUUAUCGUAAAAAAAUCAUCGACUGAUAGGAUAAUACUUAUAAUAAUAUUAUGUUUGACAUUCAUAUCGUACUCGGGUUUAGAAAAUAUUUAUUUUAGCUACAGUUCCACUUACUUUCAAUAUGCAUGCAAUGAYAUUGACGCCAAAACAGCCAGUCAUAUGUUAUCUGUAAUGUCCGCUACGUUUACCGGAGCCCGACUCGUAACGGCACUAAUAGCAACCCGAUUGCGUUCACAAACAAUUAUAGCAUACAGUCUWUGUUUAGUUUGCAUUUCAAUGCUUAUACUAUAUUUUGGUCAACACUCUGUCCCUUUAAUUUGGACUACAAAUGCAUUGUUUGGACUUGGCUUUUCAGCACUAAGACCGGCAUAUUAUGCAUUUGCCGAGAAGUCCAUCCAAUUGACAGAUCGUGUGUCCGCAUUAUUUACGGUGUUUUCAUCAAUUUUACUCAUAUUAUCACCAUUACUGUUGGGACCACUUAUUAAAGACCAUACAGAAAGAUCGUACUAUAAAUUAGAAACAUUUAAAUAA